CAUGAAUACCGUGCUCUAGAACGAGAGAGGCUCCGGCGGGCUCGAGUCAACGCCAACGAACUGACACUGAUCUUGAUUUUUUUAUUCACCCUCGGCAGAUACGUGUUUACGAUAGUGAGCUACCUCAUCGGAGUGUUUAUUUUUGCGACGAUAGUCGGCCAGGUGGGGAACGUUAUUACCAACAGAAACGCCAAUAGACUCGAGUUCGAGCGGCUCUUGGACGGCGCCAAGACGUAUAUGAGGCACCACAAAGUGCCCGGAGGGAUGAAGAGGCGCGUGUUGAGGUGGUACGACUACAGCUGGUCCAGGGGGCGCAUCCAAGGAGGGGGUGAUAUUAAUACUGCCCUUGGACUACUACCGGAUAAGCUUAAGACUGAACUUGCACUUCAUGUCAAUCUUUCUGUUCUUAAGAAGGUCACUAUUUUUCAGGAGUGCCAGCCGGAAUUUCUCCACGACCUAGUUCUAAAAAUGAAAGCCUACAUCUUCACACCAGGUGAUUCAAUCUGCCGGAAGGGUGAAGUCGCCCGUGAGAUGUUUAUAAUAGCCGAUGGCAUUUUAGAAGUUAUCUCUGAGACUGGCCGCGUACUGACAACCAUGAAAGCCGGGGAUUUCUUCGGAGAAAUCGGCAUUCUUAAUCUUGAUGGCCUAAAUAAACGCACAGCAGACGUGAGAUCGGUCGGCUACUCCGAGCUGUUCAGCCUAUCUCGCGAAGACGUUCUAGCAGCGAUGAAGGACUACCCAGAGGCGCAAGAAAUCCUCCAGAACCUUGGAAGAAAAAGACUAAUGGAGGCGCAGAGAGUUGCGCGACUAUACCGAGCGGCGUCUCCAGGUCACGAUUCUUCAGAUAACAGCGCCAGCAAGCGAAUAGUUUCCAAACUGAAGAGCGACGUCAAGAGCCUGAAGACAGUCUUAAGAAAGAGCAGGAGGUCACGUCCUGAAGAAGCGAUGGAGCUGCAGCCACUGACCUCGAAAGUUCCGCCAUUGAGGAGGCAGAACAAGGUCGACGUCGAAGACCGAAUUGAAGCAGCUCCCGGAGAGCCGCCGGUUUCGCCUUUAGGGGCGGGGCUUCCCCUUCUCUCACGGCUCCGCCAUCUCAAGGAAAAGCACGAUCGUGAAGAGCGCCGCCAUCUUGUCGACAUGCACAUGCCCGAGCGCCUGGCUCCGGAUUCUGCGGGUCAAACUGCGAAGGCAGAAGAAUUGAACCCGAUGAAUCCGAAUUUGCCGUUGCUCCAGAGGAUUCUCUUGCUGAAGAAUAAAGCUGAGCCGGAGGAGAAGGACAAGGACAAGGUCAAGGAGGUCAAGGUUCUUAAGGAGAAGAUUGUUCCGAAGAAACUGGAGGUAUUGCCUAGGAAGGUCGAUAAAGAAGAGGAGAGCUCCAAUAGCAUCAAGCGGCCCUGGGAGAUGUUGAAGGACGCGUCGAUUAGCACGGCGAAUGUUCUAUCGACCGUUCAGCAGCAGGUUAAGAAGGAAACUAGGCAGAGUCUUGUGCAGAUAAGGCAGCAGACUAAAAUGUACUCGUCGGUUGAUGACCUCUCGCCGGAGUACUGCGGACUUCCGUUUGUUAAGAAGUUGAAGAUUUUGAACGAGAGGCAGAAACUUGCUGAGUUGGAGAAGGCUGUUAGAAGCUCUAGUUUGGAUUGCGGGGAGGCUACUGAAGCUGAGUUUGAUGGAAAUUUGACCAGAAGUCAUUCUGAGGCAUGUGCGAUUGAAUAUGCCAGGAAGUUGGCGAAGUUUAAUAAGAACGAAACCCUGGAAAGGCGGAACCUGAAGAGUAUUCUGAAAAAGCUAUCAGCCGGCAGUCGAGCAAGCAGUUUAGAGACGUCGAUAAUGCCAGAUCCAGACUUGGUAACAGCGGAAUUGAGGAAGCUGAUGCGCGCGCCGACGAUCGAAGGUUACGCGGCGCGACAUUCAAAGCUGUCAAAGAGCGUGACCUUCAACUACACGAUGCAGAGUCCCCCGUCGGAGUCAUCCGGAGCGAACGUCGACGUGACGGGCAGCGGGAGCACCGACGGGCAGGUUGAAGACCUUAAGCCCGAGGAGUCGUCGCUACCAAUAAACUUGCCCAAUAAAUUUAGUAUCCGUCCUCUUGGUAGCGAUGAUGUCGUUAAAAUGCUUUCGAGACCUGAUGACGAGUGUCUGGGUGAUCUGCGAGACCGCGUAAUUUCGCAACUACAAUCCCGGAUCAUCGAAUUGGAGCGUGAAAAUCCAGGACGAUCGAGCAGCGGGCACGAAAACCUGGACUCAGGGGACGACAGUACCGACCUGGACGUCUCCUUGGACGAGGACACCUUGCGGGACCACGAGGAACAUCCAUUCAUGCGGGACGGCUCAGUCGAUACAGUGCUGGGAUCUGCGCGGUCGUCAUUGACGCGAUCUAGCAUACCGACUGUAGAGCAGCGUUGUCGAAAGAGGCGCUCCUGGGAGGAACACUCUGAGGAGGAAACGCUUCAGCUCCAAGAUCUACCAAGGUCAAUUUCCCCGCAAUCGGUCUGGCGGGGAGACGUCGCGAUCGACAUUGAAAGUUCCGACGAGGAUCUACCUCAGAGAAAAAUUGACGAUGAAGAUGGCGAUGAUGAGGAAAAUUCUGUUGACAGUGACAAACCUAACGAUUGGGAGUUCAAGAUGCUCGCUGAAGCCAUCGGCAAGAGGAAACGCAGUCACGAGACUCCAAGUCCCGGUUCC